GUCUGACACGCACAGGAAGCCCAGGCUGGGCAAGCAACACCUGUCCCCACAGCCAUGCAUGCUGGCUGCAGCUCCAGGCCUCCCCACUCCCAAGGUCCGAGAUGACACCCAACAGCACCAUCCCUGCGGAGGCCUUGGGGCUCUCCCUGGCCCUGGCCAGUCUCAUUGUCGCUGCCAACCUGCUCCUGGCCCUGGGCAUCGCCAGCGACCGCCGCCUGCGCAGCCCACCCGCUGGCUGCUUCUUCCUGAGCCUGCUGCUGGCCGGGCUGCUCACAGGGCUGUCGCUGCCUUCACUGCCAGGGCUGUGGAACCAGAGCCUCCGGGGCUACUGGUCCUGCCUCCUGCUCUACCUGGCUCCCAACUUCUCCUUCCUGUCCCUGCUGGCCAACCUCCUGCUGGUGCACGGGGAACGCUACAUGACGGUGCUGAGGCCCCUGCGGGCCCGCGGGAGCACGCAGCUGGCCCUGCUCCUCACCUGGGCUGGCCCCUUCCUCUUUGCCAGCCUGCCUGCUCUGGGGUGGAACCACUGGGCCCCUGACACCAACUGCAGCUCCCAGGCUGUCUUCCCAGCCCCCUACCUCUACCUCGAAGUCUACGGGCUCCUGCUGCCCGCCGUGGUUGCUGCCGCUGUGCUCUCUGCCCGGGUGUUGGCAGCCGCUCACAGCCAGUUGCGGGACAUUCGCCGGCUGGAACGGGCAGUGUUCCGAGAGGAACCCUCGGCCCUGGCCCGGAGCCUCACCUGGAGGCAGGCGAAGGCGCAGGCUGGGGCCACGCUGCUCUUUGGACUGUGCUGGGGCCCCUACGUGGCCACCCUGCUCCUCUCGGUCCUGGCCUAUGAGCAGCGCCCACCUGUGGGGCCGGGAACUCUGCUGUCCCUCAUCUCACUGGGCAGUGCCAGUGCAGCGGCUGUGCCUGUUGCCAUGGGGCUGGGUGACCAGCGCUACACAGCCCCCUGGAGGGCGGCUGUCCAGCGGUGGCUGCGGGCGCUGCAGGGAAGAGCCUCUCGGGGCAACAGCAGCCCAGACACCGCCUACCACACCAACAUUCAGAGUAGCGCUGACCUGGACUUGAACUAG